AUGCUCCUGCUCGCGACGGAUGCGAUCGCGGGGAUCACGACGGUCACGCUGCGCUCGACGGUUCGUGUUUCGCAUAAUGAUUCGAUCACACUCGCGGAUAUCAGCAGCGUUUCGGGUGAUCAGGCAGAAGUUUUGAAUGGACUCUCGCUCGAUGAGAUGCUCACUGAUGUGGAUACCGCGUGGUGUGUGCUGAGUAGCGAUCAGGUCCGUUUGUUGAUUGAUUCGGAUAAGCAGCUCAAUGGUGGUUCGAUCGUCAUCAACGGUACACAGAGUUCGGUCCGGCGGAUCGGCAACACGAACAGCACGGCGGAGGUCCGCGUCGAUACGGAUACCAAUGAGCAGCAGGUCAGCGAUGGGCCGGUGGUUCGGGAUCACAUCGAGCGGUGGGUUCGGGAUCGCUACCAGGUCGGUACGGACCUCGUCAAGAUGUCGUUCCGUGAGCAUGAUGAGUCAUUUCUGCAGACCUCGACUGCUGGUCGAUUGGUUGAGAUCCGUGAGGUUUCAAGGCGCGGACGCACGGCUAUCCGCGUGAUCGUGCUUGACGAGUUGAUCGUUGCAGCGGAACGCGCGUUGAUCUUUGAUGUCGAGAUGUUCCGCGAGGUGCUGAUUGCGAACCAACGCGUCAAUCGUGGGACUCGCUUGGAUGAAUCAAUGUUCAUGACUGAGCGGCGCUGGGUGAGUCCGGAAGAGCACUCGGUCAGCGUGGAUGAGGCGAUGGGGAUGGCGCUGUCCAAGACGAUCAACGCGGGGCAGCUUAUUCAAGCGCAGCAUAUCGAGCUCCCGCUCGUGAUCCGGCGGGGUGACAUCGUUUCGGCGAAGUCGAUCUCGGGAUCGGUGGUGGUCACAGUGCGCGGCAGGGCCCAAUCGAAUGCUCGACUUGGGGAGACGAUUGAGUUUGAAUCCAUGAAUGGUGAGAAUCAGUUCCGCGCCAAAGCGACAGGAAAAGGUCGUGCGGUGAUUCUGAAGGAAGGUGAUGUCGCUGUUGCACAGAGCUUGUAUCUCACGGCGGAUGAGGAGUUUAGCGCGGGUCCAGAGGCGAGCAACGCUCCGGUCAUGUUGCUUGAGGAUGUUUCGCUGACCUAUAUUCCUGAACCAGAGGUGCGGACAUUCCAGAAGCACGACAUCAUCACGAUCAUCAUCGAUGAGGUGUCCUCCCAGACGAGCUCGCAGAAGCUCGAAACUGAGAAAGAGAGCAAGAGCGAGGUUCAACUGAACGCGAUGAUCGAUCUGCUCAAGCUGCUUGAGCUGCAGGUCAACACCAAUCCGAGACUUGAGAACCGUACGAUCUUUGAUGCGGAGGCAUCGCGUGAGUUCACGGGAGAAGGUGAUUACGAGCGAUCGGAUCGGUUCAGCGCUCGGAUCACGGCGACAGUCCUUGAGGUCAAACCCAACGGAUCGCUCGUGCUCGAGGCGUACAAGCGGAUCGCGAAGGAUGAAGAGAUCCAGACGCUUGUGAUCGCUGGUGUAGCGCGGAGUGACGAUAUCACGGCUCAGAAUACGGUGCUGUCGAGUCAGCUCGCGAAUCUGUCGCUCGCGGUUGAGAACGAGGGCGAAGUGAAGAAGGCAUCAGAGAAGGGCAUCAUCACGGAGUUCUUUGAUAUGCUCUUCGUGCGCUUCGGCGCGGCGGGUGAGGCCUUGGACAGUUGGUCGGGAUCCGACAUUGAUCGCGGCGAGGACUCGGUGCUCUUGGUUGUUGUGCGCGAAGCGUGCGUGACCUGCGUAGACCCCAUCGGCAGGGAGGAGGGAGUUGGUGUCGAGGUUGAUUGUGGGGAUGUUGAUGGUGCGUCCGAGUUGUUGUCCUUGGACGACGGUGCCAGUCAGUUCGUGCGAUCUUCCGAGGGUGUAGGCGGCGUCGCGGACUCGGCCUUGUGUGAUGAGCCAACGCGUGAGGGAAGAGGAGGCGGUGACGAUGGACUGAUCGGUGAGUGUGAUCUGGACAGGUCCGAGGAUGUCGGUUUGGAUGCCUCGGUCUUCGCAGAGUUUGGUGAGGAGUUCGGGUGUUCCGGCGCGGCGCUUCCCAAAGUGGAAGUCGUGUCCCUCGACGAUGAUGGCUGGGUUGUACUGCUCGAUGAUGUCAUCGAGGAACUGAUCGGGUUCUUGGGCGAGCAGCUCGGGGGUGGGCUUGAGCUCGACGACUUCAUCGGCGCCGGCAUCAAGCAAACGCUGCUUGCGGAUCUGGAAGGGCUCGAUGGGGUGCGGAGCUUGACUCGCGUUCAGGACUUCCAUGGGGUGGGGAUGGAAUGUCAGGAUGACGACUCGGCCUGCGGCUCCGACAUGCGAUCUCGCUCGCUGGAUGAGCAUCUGGUGUCCGAGGUGGACCGCGUCGUAGUUCCCGAUGCUCAGGGCUGUCAGCAUGUUGGACGAAUCAGACAUAUGGGAGUUUAUCAAGUUUUUUUGUCAGCGUCUGGAUGUCUCAACUGGAGGGAUGGGACGCUGCAGAUGAUCUAG